CACUUCUUUGCAGAACCAAAGUAAUAGGAGCAGCAAAGUCAACGAGGGCCGUCAGCUCCCAAAUGGGCCUCUUUGGAGUGUUGCCCUUCUUGCUGGUCUCCUGCAUCACCUUCUUGCUUAUCCUAAUCCGGAGGAGAGAUGCCACAAAGGGCAAACUGCCCCCGGGCCCCACCCCGUUGCCUUUGCUGGGCAACUUGCUCCAGUUGAAUAUUCGGGACAUCGUCACGUCUUUUAAGAAGGUAAGUGAGCAGUAUGGUCCAGUCUUCACCGUCUACAUGGGCUCCCGGCCAAUUGUGGUGCUGUGCGGUUAUGAAGUCAUCAAGGAAGCACUUGUAGAUAACGCAGAAACAUUUGGAGGAAGGGGACACAUACAGUCCUUGGAUGACUCCUUGUCAAAAUACGGAGUGGUUCCAACCAACGGGGAACGGUGGAAGCAGCUCCGUCGCUUCUCCCUUAUAACACUGAGGAGCUUUGGGAUGGGGAAGAGAUCCAUCGAGGAGCGGAUCCAGGAGGAGGCCCAGUUCCUGGUGCAAGUGCUGCGGAAAACGGAAGGGCACCCAUUUGAUCCAACCAUUCACCUCAGUCAUGCUGUCUCUAACGUUAUCUGCUCCAUUGUUUUUGGCAACCGGUUUGAAUAUGAGGACAAGGACUUCAUCUAUUUACUUGACACAAUUAAGAAAGCCUCAUCAGUUAUGAUGUCCACCUGGUUACAGGAAGAAAGGAAGAGUGUGAGCUGGUCAAUGCCCUCAGCUGCCUCUGCCUAUAUUUUUCGAAGGGUAGGUCUUGAUGGGGCUGCACGUCCUUUUUCUUCACAGAUCUGCAAUUUUUUCCCAAGCUUAAUGCGGAUCCUGCCUGGGCCUCAGCACAAAAUGCCCAGGUACAUGAAGAAGUUAACAAACUUCAUCUCUCAGAGGGUCAAGAUGCACCAGGAGUCCUUUGAUCCAAAUUGCCCUCGGGACUUCAUUGACUGCUUCCUGGCCAAAAUGGAGCAGGAAAAAAGAAACCCAGCUUCAGAAUUCAUUCAUGAAAACUUGGUUGCUACAGUUCACAACCUAUUCUUUGCCGGGACAGACACAACUGGCAACACCAUCAUGCAGGGGCUUCUUGUCCUCCUGCGAUACCCAGAAAUGGAAGCAAAGAUCCAAGAGGAGAUUGAGCGGGUCAUCGGGAGGAACCGCAGCCCCUCCUAUGAGGACCGGAAUCAGAUGCCCUACACAGAAGCCUUCAUCAAUGAGAACCAGCGGUUUCUAGACCUCUCCCCAGUGGCAGCUCCUCAUUCAGUCACCCAGGAAGCACAUUUCCGAGGGUUCACCAUUCCGAAGGGCACCACUGUUAUUCCUUUGCUGUCAUCCAUCAUGAAGAGCUCCCAGCACUACGAGACACCCAGGAAGUUCAAUCCUGGCCACUUCCUGGAUGAAACUGGGGCCUUCAAGAAGGUGGAUGCUUUUCUGCCAUUUGGAGCAGGAAAGAGAGCAUGCCCUGGUGAAGGUUUGGCCCGUAUGGAGAUCUUCGUAUUCCUCACAACGCUGUUGCAAAACUUCCAUCUGAAAAGGUUUGAGAAGCAGGAAGAAAUAGACAUUGCACCAGAAGUCAAAAGUAACGGACAUGCUCCACGGCAUUAUCAGCUUUGUGUGGUUCCACGGUGA